AUGAGGAGAGAUGCCUGUGGUGAACCACCAAAAUUCGAAACUAUGAAGCUCAAGGGUAAACCUAAAAAAUAUUAUGAGGUUGGGGAGAAAAUAUAUUAUGAGUGUCUUCCAGGACGCAUUACUGUGUUUCCCGUCAUGGCUUAUUGUGAGCAGAAUCACUCGUGGUUCCCUCUCCAAGAAGCUUGUAUGAAAAAAGAAUGCGAUUGGCUAGCACUUCAACAUGGUGAAGUUGUUGCCCCAAAUAAAACCUUUUCGUUUGAUCACGAAGCUCACUUUUAUUGUGAUGAGGGUUAUUACUUAGUUGGGCAACAAGUUAUAGUUUGUAACCUUCGUGGAAAUGACGUGUAUUGGAGUGAUAACCCCCCACAAUGUAAAAAGAUUUACUGUCAACCGCCUGCAAAAAUAAAUAACGGAAAAUACAGCAAUAGCCACAGAACUAUAUUUGAAUAUAAUGAACUAAUAACUUACAGUUGUAAUCCUUCACAAGGAUCAGACGAAUUUUCACUUGUUGGAGACAGCAAACUUAUUUGUGUUGGGAAUAACAAGUGGAGUAGUGACCCUCCUCAAUGUAAAGGUAAUGAUGUUUCCAUUUAUUUCCUUCUUCAUUUGUUAACUGUAAGUUUGGAAACAGUUUGUAAAUGGUUUUAUCUACGAAUGUGGCGGGAAGAAGUGUUGGUAGUGGAACCAGGCUGCCUGGCUGAAAGAUGGGUGCAAUGCACAUCCUUGACUGCUAUCACAACUUUGGUAAAGGAAUGGAAGAAUCAUUUAAAAUCUUGGAUUUUUCCUUCUAUUCUGUAUUAUGUUCCUGCUGGGAGACCACAGUCCCUGCUUGGUGACAGAGAGAAAAUACUUCAUUUUCAUGUUCUCAUUCUCUUAUCCCUAGAUGCCUGUGACCCUCCGCAGUACAACUCUAUGAGGCCAACUGUUGUUAAAUCCAGUUAUGAUCCUGGGGAAAAUAUACAAUUUCAGUGUCGCCCAGGAUACAAGCGUAUUAUACCUCUUCUUCCCAUAUCUUCUGUUUGUUACCCUAAUAACACAUGGACACCUCUCCAAGAGGCUUGUACAAAAAAAUCAUGUCAACAUCCAGGAGAUCCCAUAAAUGGCCAUAUGGUCAGCGUAAAUGGAAGUUUUCUCUUUGGAUCACAGGUUCACUAUGCUUGUAAUGAGGGUUAUCGAUUAUUUGGGGCAAAAGUUAUUUAUUGUGAACUUUCUAGUAUCGACGAUAAUACAGUGACUUGGAGUCAUAAUCCCCCUCUAUGUACUAGGAUAUUGUGUCUACCACCCCCAAAAAUAGCAAAUGGGAAAUAUACCAAUAGUGGCAAGGAAGAAUACGAAUAUAAUGAAGUGGUAACUUACAGUUGUGAUCAAUCAAAUGGACCAGAUGCAUAUUCACUUAUUGGAGAGAGCAGACUUGUUUGUACCGGAAAUGGUGAAUGGAGUGAUAACCCUCCGCAGUGUAAAGUGGUCAUAUGUCCACAUCCUGAACCCGCCAAUGGAAGACUGACGUCAGGAUUUGGAAGAAAAUUUACCUACAAAGCAACAGUUAUGUUUACGUGCUCAGAGGGUUAUUACUAUAAUGGAACCAACAUAGCAGUCUGUGGCAGUAACAGCACUUGGGAGCCUGCAGCCCCAAUGUGUUACAAAGCGUCAACUCCUCCCAGUACAAAACCUCCAAUUCCGAGUGUCUCAGAAUCCAAGCCUCCUCUUAUGACUACGACUCCGGGUUCAAGCCAUCCAGAUUCAGAUCAUCCAGGAGCUCCCACUACACCACCAUCUGGAGACGUUAAUACUUUAGGCAAAGGAAUCAUUGCUGUGAUUGUCAUUGUUGUUCGUAAGUAGCCCAAACUUGAUGUUACUUAAAUAAAAAUAAUACUGUGAGCAAGUGCAUUUUUUAAUGUAUGCAGUUAAGUUGUUUUUAAUUUAACUUUCCAAUUUCUAUAGUUUUUAUAGCUUGAAGUGAAGUACACCAGUCUAGAACGGUCUGACUUUGUAUAUAAUACACUAUGUUUUGUUGGUGAAUGUAUAUUCUUUUAUAUUCCACUUGUCCACUUAGUAACAAACCUAAAUACUCCAUGUGUUUUCAGGGUGAUGAGUCAUGACUCUGUGUCCCAAAUAUGCUUUGGGUACUUUUCUAAACUAAGC